AUGCCUGAGGGUCCUGAGGCCACUGCGACCCCUUCUCGCAAGCGACCUGCUCCCGACGAUACGGAUUCGCAUAAUGCGCAGCCUGCCUUAGCCAAGGACUCACUAGAUUCUCCUCAUAGCUCUGAUGCGCUUUCAACCCCCAAAUCUAUCGAGUCUCCUCGCGACAGCCCUGUAGCGCCCGACAAUGCUCCACCUAACCAGGCCUCACCCACUUCAGGCAACUCGAAGUCAACAGCAGUUGAGAAAGCGACCGCAUCCAGUGGUCCUACUCCAGCCAAGCGAAGAAAAUUUACUCCGGAAGAGAAAGAACAGCAACGUCUCGACAAGGAAGCCAAGUUGGAAGCCCGGGAGAAAUUGAAGGCUCAGAAGGAAGAAGAGGCCAAAAAGAAAAACGAACUGAAGGAGGAGAAGAAGCGUGCAAAGGAACAAGAGAAGGCGCAAAAGGAUGAGGAGCAGCGCAAGAAAGACGAGAAGAAGCGUGCGAAAGAGCAAGAGAAGGCGCAAAAGGAAGAAGAGCAACGUAAGAAAGAGAAGUCUCAAAUGAAACUCAACUCCUUCUUCACAAAGAAUGCUGCCGCCAGCUCGUCCUCGGAUAAUGCAGCAGCGACCUCGACAGUGGGCCACGUUGAUAGACGGAAGUCGGUAUCGCUAGAACCUAAAAGCCCGUCGGCAAGGCGCGCCACAACACCCCAGAACAAGCAACCAGUCUCGGAUUACGAGCGGACCUUCCUUCCUUUCGAACUUCCAUCACACGCGACACGCGCUCCCGACAACUAUUACUGGGCUGAUUGCAGCGACCGAGAGCUUGAAGAGGCACGGAAGAGAUUGGACAGCAUAGCAGGUGGCUCAAUUUCCGAAGAUGAAAGGCGAAGGGUCGAGCAGGCUCUCAAGGAAGGCAACUUCGCAGCUCUUGUUAGUUUACCUGCAGCGCUGCAAGGAAAGAGAGGCCAGAUGACGCCCGCAGUUCAAGAAGUAGUCGCACGGCUCCAAGGUUCGCAGGACGAACCUAUCGACUUAACGCAAGAGUCAUCAGAAGCCAAGGCCCAACAACCGCUCGAGUUGCUUAAGUCAAUCCCAAUUAAGUACCUGCACUUCGGUGAGGAUGUACGUCCUCCAUACUGCGGCACCUUCACGCGAGUUCAGUCAGAACAUCAGUCACGAAAAUUAGCACGCAAUCCCUUCUCUAGAACUCUUCCUGAGGCAAACUACGAAUACGAUUCUGAAGCGGAGUGGGAAGAACCUGAGGAGGGGGACGAUCUUGACCUUGAAGAUGAAGACGAUGCAGAGGAGGAAGGUGACGAUGAUCUCGAUGGCUUCUUGGACGACGAUGAUGAUCCGGUGCAGAACAGGCGCAAGCUCAUUACAGGUGAUCUCGAACCUAUCAGUACCGGCAUAUGCUGGGAAGACAGCAAAGGAGCCUUGCGCAGGGGAGAUGGUUCUGGUGCUCAGCACAACUUCGCAGACUACCGCAUGGGCAUAUUGCUUGAACCUUGCCCAACUUCUAUCGAUCCCUUCACUACGGCAUACUGGCAGACUGAGCCCACCUCCGCCCCCACAUCUGCUCCAAACUUGAACGGCGCCGGAAUGAUGCACCCUCCACGGCUUCCAUUGCAUUCUCGGCCUGAUGGCGUGAACGGCGCCAGCGUUGGUUUCCAGAAUCAGCUUAAGGUUACCCACACUACGCCUACAGUGCCAAAGCCUGCGAAGCGCACGAUACCUCCUGAGCUUAUGACGGAGUUCAAAGAUGCAAUCCGUGAUAGUGAUCUUACAAAGUUGGCUUUGAUCGAAGCCUUGAAGAAGAAGUUCCCAAAGAUCCCCAAAGACGCGAUCACCAAUACCCUGUCACUCGUUGCGGAACGGGUCGGACCAAAGAACACAGAAAAGCGUUGGACUAUUCGGGAGACUUGA